AUGGCUGACCAAGAACCCGGGGGCCUUAGCCUCCUUCAGCAGAUGGUGGCUUCAGGCACUGGGGCGACAGUCACCUCUCUCUUUAUGACACCCCUGGACGUGGUGAAGGUGCGUCUGCAGUCCCAGCGCCCCUCAGGAGCCAGUGAGCCAACACCUCCCUCUAGACUGUGGAGCAUCUACACCAAACUGUCGACCCCUCUCCAACCUGCUGGGAAGUGCCUCCUGUACUGCAAUGGAGUCGUGGAGCCAAUGUACCUAUGCCCAAAUGGGGCCCGUUGUGCCACCUGGUUUCAGGAAACCACCCGCUUCACUGGCACCAUGGAUGCCUUUGUAAAGAUUGUGAGGCAUGAAGGCACCAGGACCCUCUGGAGUGGCCUCCCAGCCACCCUGGUGAUGAAUGUGCCGGCCACCGCCAUUUACUUCACCGUCUAUGACCAACUCAAGACCUUCCUGUUUGGGCUAAACUUGACCUCUGACCUCUAUGUACCCAUGAUGGCUGGCGCUCUGGCCCGAUUGGGCACAGUGACUGUGAUUAGCCCCCUUGAGCUGGUGCGGACGAAGCUGCAGGCUCAGCAUGUGUUGUACCGGGAGCUGAGGGCCUCUGUUCAGGCUGCAGUGGCUCAGGGAGGCUGGCGCUCUCUGUGGCUGGGCUGGGCGCCCACUGCCCUUCGGGAUGUGCCCUUCUCGGCUCUAUAUUGGUUCAACUACGAGUUGGUGAAGAGCUGGCUAAGUGGGUCCAGGACAAAUGACCAGACAUCUGUGGGCAUCAGCUUCUUAGCUGGCGGGAUCUCAGGAACGGUGGCAGCCACCCUGACUCUGCCUUUUGAUGUUGUGAAGACUCAGCGCCAGGUCCAGCUGGGAGCGAUGGAGGCUGUGAGAGUGAGGCCUCCACGUGUGGACUCUACCUGGGUGCUGCUGCGGAGGAUCCGAGCUGAGUCAGGGACCAAGGGAUUGUUUGCAGGCUUCCUCCCAAGGAUCAUCAAGGCUGCCCCCUCCUGUGCCAUCAUGAUGAGCACUUACGAGUUUGGCAGAAGGUUUUUCCAGAAACUCAACCAGGAGCGACUGCAGGGCCCUUAA